AUGUCCCUGCCAAUCCCCUCGUCUGCCUCGGUCGAUGCCCGCCACGAAACAGACCACGGCGUCGCCGUCCUCACCCACUGCCCGCUCGACACCCAGGCCAUCAUCGACUCGGUCGCAGACGACGGCGCGGGUGCCACCGCCGUCUUCAUCGGCACGACGAGGAAUACUUUCCAAGGCAAGAUCGUGACGAAGCUGGAAUACCAGGCGUACUCCAAGCUGGCCAUCAAGACCAUGUCGAGCAUUCUCAACCGCACCAGCUUCCAUCUGCAUCUACAAGACGUGCGCGGGGGGGGAUUCACUCGGAUGGCUAUCCACCACCGGCUCGGGACAGUCCCCGUGGGCCAGCCUUCGAUUGUCAUCGCCGUGUCGGCGCCGCACCGCAAGGAGGCAUUCGAGGCGUGUGAGUGGGCGCUGGAGCAGGUGAAGAAGGAGGCGCAGAUCUGGAAGAGGGAGUACUACGACGGGGAGAAAGAGGAAGAUGCAGAAUGGAAGGCGAAUGCCUAGGCUUGCAUGUACGGGGACUUGCGCAUACGAACUACAACGCUUUCCAUAUUUGGGCAGCUUCUGUGAACGAAAUGAUGGUAGCCUCCGAGGGA